AUGUUCUUCAGUGACUUGGACUCGGAGACGGCCCAUGCCUUCUUCAGGGACUUUGUGCGAGAGUGGAACUCCGGCGCCCUGCCCUCCAAGUUCUACACCGGCAUCGCCGCUGCCGCGACGCAGCGGACGGGCUACACCUGGGGUUUCUCCGGCGCCGGGACGGCGGCGGCCGAUCGCACGUCGGUGGGCCUGACGGCGGCCAUCGCCGACGACAUGAACCUGGAGGCCUCGGCGCGCGAGGCGGCAGCGGGGGACCGGCGCGAGGCGGCGCGGCGCAGCGCCGCGGCCGAGCGGGAGUGGAUCGACGCGGUGCACCCCAGGGCAGAGGGCCGGGAGGCGCGGGUGGAGGCGCGGGUGGCCCGACGGGAGGAGAAGCGGGCGCGGGAGGACUCCCCCGAGCACCUCCGGCUGCCGGGCGGGGGAGAUGUGCUGGGCGGCGGCGACUCCUUCCAGGCCGCCAAGGCCAGGCGAGUCGGUGCAGGUUCUGCCAGGGGCUUGGACGGGGACUUGAGCGCGAGGCUCGCGGCGUCUCAGGGAAAGCGCGCGCAGAAUGCCGUGUUGAAGCACGAGGCGCUGCAGCACCGACUCGUGGCCGCGCAGGCCGCCGAGGACGCCAAGAUGGCCCAGUUCCGGGCGCUGCUGGGGGCCUCGGGGGGCGCCAUCCAGAUCCCCAAGCGCCUCUGA